AUGACCGCGCAGAGGGACAGACCUUUUAUUUUUUUACGACAAGGGAGAAGAGCAAACACAAAUAGUGACCGGGUCGCGGAGCAACAAGCUCCUGAACAACGACGUGCAGGCUGGCAGGAGGAAGUCACUUCUGUAAGCAUCGGUAACCACAACACCUGCAACCGCAACACCUGCAACUGCAACACCUGCAACAAGGACACCUGCAACCUCAACACCUGCAACCGCAACACCUGCAACUGCAACACCUGCAACAAGGACACCUGCCACCUCAACACCUGCAGCCUCAACACCUGCAACCGCAACACCUGCAACCGCAACACCUGCAACCGCAACACCUGCAACCGCAACACCUGCAACCACAACACAUGCAACCGCAACACCUGCAACUGCAACACCUGCAACCGCAACACCUGCAACCGCAACACCUGCAACCUCAACACCUGCACCCUCAACACCUGCAACCGCAACACCUGCAACCUCAACACCUGCAACCGCAACACCUGCAACUGCAACACCUGCAACCGCAACACCUGCAACCGCAACACCUGCAACCGCAACACCUGCAACCUCAACACCUGCACCCUCAACACCUGCAACCGCAACACCUGCAACCGCAACACCUGCAACCUCAACACCUGCAACCGCAACACCUGCAACCACAACACAUGCAACCGCAACACCUGCAACCUCAACACCUGCAACCGCAACACCUGCAACCUCAACACCUGCAACCGCAACACCUGCAACCACAACACAUGCAACCGCAACACCUGCAACUGCAACACCUGCAACCGCAACACCUGCAACCGCAACACCUGCAACCGCAACACCUGCAACCGCAACACCUGCAACCUCAACACCUGCAACCGCAACACCUGCAACCUCAACACCGGCAACCGCAACACCUGCAACCGCAACACCUGCAACCUCAACACCUGCAACCUCAACACCUGCAACCGUGAUAGUUGA